AUGUUUACAUUUUGUUUCUAUAAAGGUACAGAGAAGCUCUGUUUCUCUUUGAGCAUGGCCUGGUCUAUGGGACACAGCCAGGAAAAUCCAUCACCAGAUGAGCCAGAUGAUGAGCUAUUUUUUGUUGGGGUGUCGAAUGUCUCAGAGCUACCAUCGCCUCUGAACUUCAUAGACAGAGCCUGGUUAAAACCUGAGGAAGGCAGAAAGCCUGUCAAAAUUCGUCCACCUAGUCCCAAACCGGCACAACCAAGAGAGACGGGUCGCAGUUUCUCAUGUGAACCCCCUCCCAAACCCAUCAUCCAGAGACGAUCUCAGUCCCUACCGUCCCCUUCAGAAAGGAGGAAGCUCAGUCGCAGAAUCGGGGUCCGGUUUGUAGACUCACUGGGAAUGGACCUUGAAAAUGUCAAGGUCUUUAAAAGCGGAGAAGAUCCUUUUGUGCCAGAGCAUGUUCUGUUCAGGAUCUUAAUGAAUGCAGAACUCGCAGGCAGCAAGAACCUGGAGAUAUCCCUCCCAUAUUUAAAACCCGUCUUUCCUGAGCAACCUGGUGACUGUUCAAACUUCGUGGAGCGUCUGUCCUGUCAGAAAGUGUGCUUGGAACGUGUUUUGUGCUAUGAGCCAGGAAUUAUUGGGAUAGUCCAAGUGCUUAACUUGGCCUUCGAGAAGGAUGUUAAUGUUCGCUACUCCUUUACAAACUGGAAGAGCUGCUCUGAGACCAAGGCAUACUGGGUUACGAACAAAUUCUUAGAAGGCCUUCCCAAUGAAUGCAGCUGUGACAGCUUUCGGUUUCAUCUUCCAGUUCCACCGUUUAUCCUUCACCCUGGUGCAAUGCUGGAGUUUGCUGUCUGUUAUAAUGUGCUUGGUACACAGUUUUGGGACAACAAUGAAGGACAGAAUUACAAGCUAGUUUGUCAGAGCUAUAAAAUUCCUGUUCCCAAGGAAUGUGAGGACAGCAUGAUACACUUUAUUUAAAUCAGUGCUUCUCAACUAA